CUGGUGACCUUUGAGGAAGAGGAGGAGGAGGCAGCAGCUGUGCAUUUCACGGAGGAGGAGUGGAUCUCCUGGAUCCGGGCCAAAGCGCUCCGCACAGGGAAGCCAUGGAGGAGAAUUAUGAGAUUGGAGCCUCUUUCAAAUCGGAGCUCAAUUCCUGUUUGGAAGACGGAGAGGAUCUUCUUAUUCAGGUUCCCAAAGAGGAGGAAACCUCAGCAGAACGAGACCUCGCUUCCUGUAAGAAAGAAGGAGAAAGUCUGUUUAUCCAGGUCCCCAAAGAAGUGGAGGAGACCUCAGCAGAGCUAGGCCUCAUUUCCUGUUGGGAAAGAGGAGAAGAAGAAGAUCCACUUAUCCAGGGUCUCAAAGAAGAGGAGGCGGAGACAUCAGCAGAACCAGACCUCAUUUCCUGUUGGGAAGGAGGAGAAGAUCCGGUGAUGCAGGAACCCAAAGAAGAGGAGGAGACCUCAGCAGCUGCAGCUCCUGGAAUUCCAAAUCCCCCUCCCCACUCUCUCCAACAUCGUCUUCAGGAUCCCGAUCCAAAGUCUCGACAGACAGAGUGGUUUCCUGGUGACAGAGAUGGAAGUUCUGGAGACCACCGCAACUCCUCCCCCCUGUCCCUGUAGCCUGUGCUGGUGUUGCACCGAGUAUCCAGGUGGGCAAACCUGGGUCAGAUCAACUCCUCCCAGCUCACCCACCCAGGUCUCAGUAAUGCACACCAAAUUGGCACCUUCAUCCACAAUCAAAUCAUGGAUGAAAGUGGUCUUAUUGUGUAACAGGCCAGUGGGCACAGCAGAUGAGCAACGCGGAACCCAUUCAUGAGAGGAGUGGCAGCAAGGAACAAGGUGCAGAUAGCCUUGCCCUUGUCUUUUGCCGUAAUUCACCACAUCCCCAUGGCUAUAUUACCCUCUACCCAUGAUCACUGAAAUUGGGGUGGCAUCACCCAUGUUCCUCCGUACUAAGACUCCUCCGAAACAGCUGAUGUGGACCCAACACAAGCACAAUAUGUUGCUAUUUCAUCAAUGACUCUAGUUGUUGGAAAAAAGAGGAUGCAUGUUUUCAGCCUGCUAUGUUUAAACCACUUUAUUUAAGGCAAGGUGUUCACGAUCAAUUAAAAACAUAGAGCACA